AUGAUUUCUCCACGCGGCAUCACUGUUGUACUCGGUGCUUUGGGUGCCAUGCAGGCGGCUGCCGAAUAUGUUCCACCUCAACCGUUCACUGAUAAUGCAGUGGGUGAGUCGGCAGUGCAAGAUGAAGAGGAAAUGCGCUCGCGUUCACAUUCCCAUUGCUUCCAUCCGCUUGCGGCGGGCUCCAGUCGUGAGUUGGAAGACGGCAAAGGACGCAAAGUGCUCCGCCAAUGCUGGGGCCGCUUCCGUGUGCUGGGUCAACGCCUGUAACAAAGUAACAAGUACAUCAGCACCGGUCAAUUUGUUCACUCCGCUGCACGAGGAACCAUUGGCAAACGGGCACGCUUGGGUAGAGUGUACCGGGUAAGUUGCAUCGACCAUGUGGCAGAUUACCUGAUCUUAACCACUGACCAUUCAUGCCUGACAUGCACUUUGCAGAGAGACUUCGAAAGGGUAUGUAGCAUGUAGCAGACGUGUAUGGCCGUAUCCAACCGACAUCUUACCCACGUCAUACUGGAUUCUUGCGACACAGCAACAAGUACAGCGCCACCGAAUACGUCCGCAAUUACGAAGUAGGAUUUCCGUUGGCCUGA